ACUCAGGUAGAGGAGCUCCACAGGUCACUAUCUGAAUAGUGCUGAGUGUGUAUGGACUGGUGUUGACUGGGUUUUAUUAUCAUAUGAUGAGGCACAUGAGUAUGGGGGCCCAGAGCAUUUUUUACCAUUGACAAGCCAAGAGAACCAUGUUCUUUAACCCAAUGAGUUGCAUUUUUGGCAGGGGGGUUAGAUCCCAUGGAAUGAGGAGACCCUAUCAGUGCUAAGACUCCAACUAUAAACUGCUUGACAGAGAGUUUGCAAAAACUGCCAGUCUUCAGUUGAUGCAUGACAGGCUUUUAGUACCUUAGCAACCCUCUCCAAUGCUAUUAAAUGCCAACUCUGACAGAAUGACUCUCCUGAUCUGGGGGUUUGACUGACUCUUUCAUAGAAUCAUAGAAUCAUUUAGGUUGGAAAGGGCUUUUAAGAUCAUCAAGUCCAACCAUUAAACUAAGUCUACCAAGCCCACUGCUAAACCAAGUCCCUAAGCACCAUAUCUACAUAACUUUUAAACACAUUCAGGGAUGGUGACUCCACUGCUUCCCUGGGCAACCUGUUCCAGUGCUUAACAACACUUUCUGUGAAGAAAUUUUUCCUAAUAUCCAGCCUAAAGCUCUCCUGGUACAACUGGUGCAACUUAAGGCCUUUUCCACUCAUCCUAUCCCUUGUUACUCAUGAGAAAAGACCAGCACCUGUCUCUCUAAAGCCUCCUCUCAGGUAGUUGUAGAGAGCAAUACUGUCUCCCCUCAGCUUCCUUUUCUCCAGACUAAAUAGCCCCAGCUGCCUCAGCUGCUGUUCAUAGGACUUAUCCUCAAGACCCUCCACCACCUUCAUUGCUCUUCUCUGUACCCUCUCCAACACCUCGACGUCCUUCUUAUAGUGUGGCAACUAUAGCUGAACGCAUCACUCAAGGUGCAGCCUCACCAGUGCCAAGUACAGGGGGAAAAUCAGCUCUCCAGUCCUGCUGACUACACUAUUCCUGUUGGAGGCCAGGAUGCUGUUGGCCUUCUUGGCCACCUGGGCACACUACUGGUUCAUAUUCAGCUGUCUGUUGAUCAGCACUCCCAGGCCUCUUUCUGCUGAGAAGGUUUCCAGCCACUCUUCCCCAAGCCUGUAAUGUUGCGGGUGUUGUUAUGGCUUGAGUACAGGAUGACACAUUUGGCCUUAUUGAAGAACAUAUGAUUGGUCUCAGCCCAUUGAUCCAGCCUGUCCAAGUCCCUCUGAAGAGCCUUACUACCCUCAAGCAGACCAACACUCCCACCUAAUUUGGUGUCAUCUGCAGACUUACAGAGGGUGCUCUCAAUCUUUAAAACUUCAUGCUGUCCAACUCCAGAUGCAUCAACACUGUGGGAGGAAGGCACAAUUAGCAGCAGGGAGCUAUGACCUGGAAGGAAGUGGUGCAUGAUUUAAUUAAGUACGGCCAAAGGGUGAGCCUUACAGGGGAAAUGGGUAAACCUAAGAGCAGGGUGUGUAUAAUAGAACAAGAGAACUGUUCCCCUCCCAGCCCCCCUGCCCCUUGUGAAAUUUAGGGAAAAAAAGUGGGAGCUUAUUGUGGUCUAAAGUGAUUCAAAAGGGAAUUCCUUGGGACAUAAUGGAUGGGCUGCCCACCACAGCCCUAGAAAGCUUCAUUCAAGCAUGGAGAGAUCAGAAAAGAUCACCCCUUAAGGCACAGCCACCCUUCCAAGAGAAAGACAGGGUGGAAUGGAAAUUAGGCAAAACGGCAUAACUUUCCCUUAAACACUUACUGCUCCUGAAAUAAACUUGAUGGAUUCUGAGUCAGGAAACUGGAUGCACCAUCCCCAAUAAGUGAGACAGGGCUUGGCCAGUGGGUCCACUUGAGAAGGUACAAGGGAAAUAGGAAGGGAGACGUAUAGAUUCCUUUCACCCUUGGUCCCUGCAGAAUUGCACCUGAAAAACAUAUUGUUUACUGACGCACCAUCUGGAAGACAGAGAAACGUGGAAAUAUCAUGUGUUAGCUCUGCAUGUGGAUUCAGAGGACCAGAUCAUGACAGAAGAUGAAAGAAAUAGUCAGGUGGCAGAAUUGGUAGCUGUGUGGAGAGUGAUCGUUAGAGAAGCCAAGGCUAAAGAACCGGUGUUUAUUUACACAGAUUUGUAUGCUGUGUUCAAGGGGUGUACUGAAUGGCUCCCAUUUUGAGGACAAAACCAAUGGCAAGUCAAUUGGGUACCGGCAUGGCAACAACAACAAAAAAAAAUAAUGGAAAGAAAUCCUAAAUGUUGGAAAACAGAAAUAAUUUUUGUAGGAUGGGUUGCAGUGUACCAAGCAGGAGAUCAUCCAUCUCACCUUUUGAAUAAUUAGGUGGAUUCACUAACCCACAUGCUGCAGAGGCUGAGGAGAAAAAAUUGGAAUAAUUGUUGGAAUGGUUACAUGUGAAAAGAUGCCAUUCAGGAAGUAAAGAUUUGUUCAGAGGCAGUUAGUAGAGGGUGGUCUGUAACCACGGAAUUGCCUUACACCAUUAUUUCAGCAUGUAGCUUAUGUGGCACUCAAUUAGGAGAAUAUAACCCUCUUAAGGACCAACCGCCACACUUAAGAGAUAAUAAAGUGCUGUGGGACACUUGGCACAUAGACUACGUUGAUCCAUUUUGGAUCUCUGAAGGAAAGCAGUAUGUACAGUGGGAGUAGAAAUAGUGACAGAGUUAGCCCUAACAGAAGCAGUAUGACAAGGAACAGGACAUAGUACUGCAAAGAGUUUGAAGUUGUGUUUUAGCUGUUUGCCCAAACCCAAGUCAAUUCAAUCAGGUAAUGGAAGCCACUUUAUUGCUGGAGUGGUUUAAGAGAGGGCACAAAACAAAGGGAUUAAAUAGAUAUUUCACAUCCCAAUUUACCCCUAGUCCAAUGGCAUUGUUGAACACACCAAUUGGCUCUAAAAGUGAACUCUAAAACCUCAUGAAAGAGAGUGGACUCAGCAGCUAUCAGAUAUACUAUUUAGAAUUAAUAGCUACUGGGGAAUUAAGGGGUGCCCAUGACUUACUGUGUUUUGUCCUAAGCCCCUGUCCAUACUUCCCAGGAAAAAAACAAACAAACAAAAAACUACAAACCCUGCAAACCCUACUCAAACUACUUAAUCUUUAUAUUUGGCUAGCCACAGAAAAGAACACAAAAUUAAUACACAAUGCAUAGUCCAGUCAUUUUAAACACUGGAUCUGCUCAAACCAAGUUUUCUUUUUUUCUUUUGUCAUAGAGGAGCUCGACAAAGCCAACGUUCAACAAGGCAUUUGAGACUUGAAGGAGAAAAUGCAGGACCUUAAUGAUGUGACAGGGGGCAAGGCUGAGGCUACGUGUGUAUGAACAGCAGAGUUUCAACAAGCAAAACAAGAUAUGCACUGCCAAAUGUCUCCCAGGAUGGUUUCAUCCCACCAUCUCUGUAGAUUAAAAGGUUCUGAAGGAUCUUCAGGUGUUCAGUUCACAUACAUGAGUGUGAUGAACAACAAGAUGUCGGAAUUAGAAAAUUCUUUCCGUAAAUUUGCGGUAUAUGGUGACACAGCUGCCAGUGGCAAUGAGAUGACGGGGAAAAACUUCUCCAAAAUGUGCAAAGAGUGUGGAGUGAUGGAUGGGAAAGCUGUGACCAGCACUGACAUUGACAUCGUAUUCAACAAAGUCAAGACCAAGGGUGCCCGCACCAUCACCUUUGCUGAGUUCCAGCAGGCCAUGAAGGAGAUCUGCUGCAAGCGCUUCAAGGGCAAAUCGGCAGAGGAAGCACUACAGGCUGUGUAUGGCCUUAUUGAAGGGAAGGAGCCGGGCAGCACAGGUACCACGAAAGCCACCAAGGUCGGUGGGGUCGACAGGCUGACAGACACUAGUAAAUACACUGGCAGUCACAAAGAGCGUUUUGAUGAGAGUGGCAAAGGGAAGGGUCUUGCUGGACGCCAGGAUGUGACGGACAACAGUGGCUAUGUUGGAGCCUACAAGGGAGCUGGCACAUACGACAAGACGCACAAGAACUGAAACUGUUUAAGGGAAUGAGGACCUUUCCUUAGUGUAGGAGAGGCAAAUAAACUUCUCAUGCAA